AUGUAUCGUUUUGAGCGAGAGAAUCGCCGGUUAGAAAGACAAGCUAUGGACAACAACUCUCCACCUCCUGCUGGUCAUAAUGGAAAUGACCAGCACAAUGAUGACCAAGCUCCUCUCCAUCCUCCAAGACAACCAAGAGUCAUUGGAACUUUUGAUCAACCAAACAUUCAUGGGAACCGCAUGAGAAUUAGAGCACCUCCUGUUGAGAACAAUAACUAUGAGAUCAAGUCAAGUCUUAUCAGCAUGGUGCAAAGCUCAAAGUUUCAUGGUUUGCCUAUGGAAGACCCUCUUGACCAUUUAGAUCAGUUGGACAUGAUGUGUGGGACAGUGAAAAUCAAUGGUAUCUCUGAAGAUGCAUUCAAGCUCCGCCUCUUUCCGUUUUCUCUUGGAGAUAGAGCUAGGACUUGGGAGAAGAACCUACCUGUGGGAUCAGUCACCUCUUGGGAUCAAUGCAAGAGAGCUUUCCUAUCCAAGUUUUUCUCUACUACAAGAACAGCAAGGUUAAGGAAUGACAUAUCAAGCUUUGCUCAAAAGGAAAAUGAGAGUUUUUGUGAAGCAUGGGAGAGAUUCAAGAGCUAUACUAUGCAAUGUCCUCAUCAUGGUUUCUCCAAGGAGUCUCUUCUCAGCACAUUAUACAGAGGGGUGCUACCAAAGAUAAGGAUGUUGCUUGACACAACAAGUAAUGGUAACUUUCUUGGCCAAGAGGUUGAUGUUGGUAUGACUUUGGUGGAGAAUCUUGCACAAAGUGAUGGAAACUAUGGGGAGGAUUAUGAUAGAACUCCAAGAGAUCAUUCCGAUAUGAAUGAGCAGCACCGCAAGGAGAUCAAAGCAUUGAAUGACAAGAUGGAUAAAAUGAUUCUUGUCAAUCAAAAGCCAGUCCACUUUGUUACAGAGAGUGAUGUCUAUCAAGGGUAUCAAGAAGGUGUGGAAGCUUGUGUUGAAAGACAAGAAAAGGUCAAUUAUGUAGGUGGACAAGGGUAUAACAAGUUCAAUCCCAAUUACCGCAACCACCCUAACCUCUCUUACCGCAGCACCAAUGUGGAGAACCCACAAGAUCAGAGUUAUCCACCACAAAAACCACCUGGUUUUCCUUCCCAACCCAACUAUCAGCCAAAACCUCAAGGGAACUAUCAAGCUAAGCCUCAAACCUAUUCCCAACCUCAGCAACAAAUGAAUACACCACACCUUCAAGGUCAAGGAGAUGACACAAAUGCUCUACUUAGACAAAUCCUAGAAGGCCAAGGGAGAAAUGCCAUUGAAAUUGCCACACAAAUGAAGAACAUGCACCACAAGGUUGAGAAUGUUUAUGGUGAGUUAAAUGCUAAGAUUGAAAGGUUGGAAACACAAGUCCAGGGACAAACUUCUUCCUCUUCACCAAAACAAAUGGGUUCAUUACCAGGAAAACCAGAACCAAAUCCCAAAGAGUACAUCAAUGCCAUAAUGCUGAGGAGUGGUAAACAACUAGCUACUAAUGGUCUCAAUAGGGACAUUGAGACUAAAGGAGGGGAGGUAGUGGCUGAUAUUAAAGAUGAGGAUGAGUUGGUAGUGAAAGACUUGGGUAAAGAAAAAUAA